AUGGCACUCAACGCCUACCUUAACAAGCGCGUAUCCGUCCUCACGGUCGACGGCCGCACCAUGGUCGGCACCCUGCACUCAUGCGACGGCAGCAUGAAUCUCGUCCUCCAAGAAGCCAUCGAGCGCAUUAUACGGCCAGUCGAAGAAGAGAUUCCCAGUGAAGAAGUACCGCUGGGGCUCUACAUUAUCCGAGGCGAUAGCGUGGCGGUUGUGGGACGUGUAGAUGAAGAGAUUGAUAGCAAGAUUGACUGGGGAAAGGUGCAUGGAGAGGUGCUGGGUACCACGAAACAUAUCUGA